UGUAGUUCUUCCGGGUCAGGGCGGUGACGGCGUUGGUCGUAAAUCCUGCAGCUCCCAUGCCGCCUCCAGUGGGCGGGGUCGCUGAUUGCAGCCGUUGCCUGUGUAGGUGUGUUGUGGAGUUCAGUCGCCUGUAGGAGGCGGAGGAGAAGAGCGGGAGCUCGGAGACUGGCACCUCGGGAAGUAAGGACAACAUAUAUAUGUGUUGGUGUUCAGGUCGGCUUAUGCCUCUGUCACUUGGAAGAAGCGAGAUUGAUCCGGUGUGGAGAGCAGAACCAAUCGUGAAAGGAGUUCUGAGUCGUGUGGAUGAUUGUUGAUGUCUUUGACAGAUGGACUGUCCUGUGAUCAGGUUUUCUAACACUUGUUUGUGAGACACAAAGGAUAUGAACCAUUGUAGUGUCACCAGCACUUGAGUCGGAUGUUCUUUUCGAAGUGGAUGCUUCCUGCUGUUUCCUCCAAUCUCAUGGGAAAGGUGGUUUAGCUGCAGUUCCAAGUUUCGUUGCUAUAAAUACCCUCCCGCUCGCUGUUGGCCUUCAGUCUGGAAUACAAGAUGGGAUAUUUUCUUAAUAUGUGAAUUAUUUACGGAGCCAAAUUAUGUGGGAACAAACAAGCAGAAGACUUGCUCUGUGCUUGUGCUGUUAUAAUUAAAGUUUUUUUCUUUUGUAGUAUUCCUCUACUGCUUUAUGUUCACGUUGCAAACAUAUUGCGGCGAUGGUGAAAGUGUAUGGGAAACAGUUUAUCUGAAGGCGUCUUUGGAGAGGCCCAAGCAUCCAUUGGCCGCUGUGAGGAGGAGAAAAAAGUUGCCUUUGCACCGCUCAUAUGAAUGCCGCUGUGAACAAAUAUUGUCGGCAAAUACAAAGCAACAGACUAAGGAACACAUUGCAUCUUAAGCCCCAGAAGUUGGAUUUCUUUCCUACGUAAACUACCUGCAUUUCGCCUGUUUUUUAUUUUUUUUGAUCGCUGUCAAAAUACCAUAAGUGGAUAAAAAUACAUACAGGUAUCCUCUGCCCUAAAGGCCACAAGUACCUUUACAUGAAGGGAAACUACCAAGGCUCUAUAUAGAAGAAAUUUCUGUAUUCCUAGUAAUCCAUAUUUUGCGGGAGCUUUGUGUAUUCUAACUAAAAACUGCUUGCCUUUCCUCGGUUUGUAUGCCUUUGUUACUGGCCCGGAUCUCCCCUUUUUUUUGUCUUGGGAAUUUUUCUAUUAACGGAUGACUCCAGGAGGGGGGCCCAUGAAAGAGUGCGGAUACAGUGAAAUAAACACCCGCGGAAGCUCACCCAUGGAAUCUUCUCAUAAAAAGAAGAAAGCUGCUGUAAAGCGGAAAUGGGAGGUUUUUCCCGGCAGGAACAAGUUCUACUGCAAUGGCAGGAUUAUGAUGGCUAGACAAACUGGAGUGUUCUACCUCACUAUGAUCCUAAUUCUGGUCACAAGCGGACUCUUCUUCGCCUUCGAUUGUCCAUAUUUGGCUGUGAAUAUUACGCCUGCGAUUCCUGUGAUAGGUGGAAUUCUUGUAUUUUUUGUAAUGGGGACUUUACUGAGGACCAGCUUUAGUGACCCAGGCGUUCUUCCUCGUGCCACUCCAGAUGAAGCCGCAGAUUUGGAAAGACAAAUAGAUGUUGCAAAUGGGUCCACUUCAGGCGGUUAUCGGCCUCCUCCCCGAACGAAAGAAGUAGUUAUCAAUGGACAAACGGUGAAACUGAAAUAUUGUUUUACUUGCAAAAUCUUCCGCCCACCUCGUGCCUCGCACUGCAGCCUGUGUGAUAACUGUGUUGAGCGCUUUGAUCACCACUGUCCUUGGGUGGGAAACUGCGUGGGGAAAAGAAACUACAGAUUUUUUUACAUGUUCAUUUUAUCCCUGUCCUUUCUGACAGUGUUUAUAUUUGCAUUCGUAAUCACGCACGUCAUUCUUCGAUCGCAGCAAACAGGAUUUCUCAAUGCCUUAAAGGACAGUCCUGCAAGUGUUUUGGAAGCUGUGGUUUGCUUCUUCUCAGUUUGGUCGAUUGUUGGCCUAUCUGGUUUCCAUACAUACUUGAUCAGUUCUAAUCAAACUACUAAUGAAGAUAUUAAAGGUUCCUGGUCAAGUAAAAGGGGGAAGGAAAACUAUAAUCCAUAUAGCUAUGGCAAUGUUUUCACAAACUGCUGUGCCGCUGUUUGUGGACCAUUGAAUCCAAGUCUAAUUGAUCGCAGAGGAAUUAUAGAAGCUGAUAUGGCACAAUCAGUCGCACCAUCAAAUGGAUUGACUAUGUAUGGUUCUACUCAGUCACAGAGCAGCAUGUGUGACCAAGACCAGUGCAUUCAGAGCACCAAAUUCGUUUUGCAGGCAGCAGCCACACCACUCCUUCAGGCUGAACCUACGAUACCUGCUGAUGAACCACCUUUGCCAGGAAAAACAACAAUAACCGCACCAUGCACCACUUUGGCACAUGGCCAGCCAACUCCACCAUCUUCAAUCCCAAACCUAAACUCAGAAACCGCUUUGACUGAUAUGAUGCCCUUAAAAGAAGACAUUGGAAAUCAUCAGUUCUUAACGCCAGAUGAAGCACCUUCACCACCUGGAAUGCUGCCAGCAAGCAGCUCUGUGACUCAUAGCCAUACCAUGCAUGUCCUCAACCUUGUCAGCCAAGACUCCUUGCAUGAAGACUCUGUGCGUGGUCUUGUAAAGCUCAGCUCUGUUUGACCAACUGUGAUAAUGCUCAAGUUUCAUUGCACAUCUGUUAAACUCUGUGAUACGCUUGCACUGUGUCAUGAUUACAAAUGCCCCUUGUACAGUAAUUUCAGUUUGGCUAAAAUAAAAACGUCAGGCCAUGGACUCUAGAUCACCAAUUUGAGUAAGCUGGCUUGUUUUCUUAGAUCACUUGUAUUGCAACUGACUGCCUCAUUCAAGGAACGAUGUAGUUCUGUAAGUUUUCAAAGCUGAAGUUGGGGGCAUGGCUUAUGCGAUCUCUGAACGAACUGGAAAUGUGAAAACAUGGCAAAAUAUACCUUUAUUUUGGAUAUAGUGUUCAGAUGAGCCUUUUUUUGAGCCAUGCACCCCUGAGAUGUUAAACUUGCCUCGCCACUAAAAUGGUUAUGGAGUGAAAGUCUGGACUUUGGCUUCAUUUGGCCUCCAGGCUCUGGAUUUUUGUGGUGUAACCUGCUAACCCUGAAAUUUGGGAACCUACACUGUGUUCUGUAAAGCAAAACAUACACUUUGAGAUAGCCAAAUUGUGCUCCUUUCUCCAGGAUGUUGUGCUUCAGUUUUAUGUUGGUAUAUGGAAAUAAAUGCUGCGUACCUAAAUAAUAUUUGGGGAUAACGGUGUUUUGGUUAAACGGUCAAUGCCAGAAAAGUUCUUUUUUUUUUGUUUGUUUGUUUUUUUUUUUUUAGUUUUUGUUUUUUCACAUUUCAGCAUUAUUUUCCUGAUUUUUGGUCAAGUUUGCCCACAUUUAUAAAGGGCUGAUGUUGCUGAAUGACAAUGCAUUGCAUUUAUCGACCUGUACAAAUGUUUAGUUAUGGUAUAGUUUAAUGCCAUGACACUUUCUUUCCAAAUGUGCAAAUAAAGUUACUUUUUCUUAU